AUAUUUUAUCAAUAAGUCUGCGGUAAAAUAAACAAACAAAAGAAAUGUCAAAACCGUAUGGCCUAAUAAUACCGGGGCAGCACAAGAAGGAGGCUGCCAGGCCGGCCAAGCCGACAAUCAAACCGUCCGUAUUCGACGAGAGCAGCGACUCCGGCGACAGUGACAAGAAUGCCCCACAAAUGCGCCCCAAGGCUAGCGUGACCGGUGGGCCCAGUGUAAUGGAGCGUCGGGUGGCACGCCGCAUGCAGGAAAAGGCCCUGGCCGAGGAUCCCACCAUAUUCCAGUACGACGAGCUCUACGACGAAAUGGAGAACAAACGCGACGAGGAAAAGCAGAUCAAAAGCCAGGAGCCCCGGAAGGCCAAGUACAUCAACCGCCUCAUGGAGCACGCCGAGCGGCGGAAGCUGGAGAAGGAGCUGCGUGUCGAGCGGCAAGUACAGAAGGACCGCGAAGCUGAGGGCGAAAUGUACAAAGACAAGGACACCUAUGUGACAGCAGCGUAUCGCAAAAGGCUUGAGUCCAUGCGCGAGCUCCAAGAAAAAGAGCAGCGGGCCGACUACCUCGAGGCCAUUGGAGAUGUGACCAAGCAAAAGGACCUAGACGGCUUCUACAGACAUUUGUACGAGCAAAAACUGGGCACCAAAGAGACGGUGGUCAAACCGAAGACAGCACCAUCCACCGAGGAAGUGGCCUACAAGCCCAUCAAAGCGGAUGUAUCAAAGCACCGCAGCUACAGAAAGCGCCUAGCCUCUGAGGAUGAGGAGCAUCAGCCGUCCGCAUCGCCUGCUAAGCCGACCAUAAUUCCAGAACCGUCUGAACACAAACCAGGCGGUGCAACAAACUCGCAGACGCACUUGAACAACAACAUAGACGCGGACUCUGACUUCAGCAUCGAUGAUUCCAGCGAAGAUGAGGUGGAGGAUGAGAAGGAAAAGAAUAUGAAGCAGGCGCAGGCCAAGAAGCAGAAGCAGACUAAGACUAAGCUGGGCAAGGACCAGGAAACAAAGUCCGACCAGUCUAAGAGUCAAGACCCAGCUAAGAAGCGGAAUAUGGAGCAUCCAGAGAAGCCCGAAGAUACCAGCAAGGAAGCUACUGCAGAUCCUAAAUCCAAAUCAAAGGAUGACGAUGGGGAUAAGAAGGAUACUGAUUUGAAGAAACUGCCCAUUCCCACCGUAACCAAGCCGACCGUCGACCGUACUCUCAUCUGGCGCAAGCGGACCGUGGGCGAGGUCUUCGAGGCGGCCCUGGCCCGCUAUCUAGUGCGCAAGAAGUCCCGCCAGGGCUGAAUCCAAUUAUACAAGUUUUGGCACCGCAUUAAAAUGGAAAGGAACCGAAACUUAAAAACAAAAAAUGAUUUGUCCAUUGUUUGCUUAUUAUGUUAAUUUCAAUUUGUCCCCCGUGUCAUAGUUUAUUUAUGCAUGUGCAUGGUUGUUCCAGCUCCUGGCCGCAAAGGCAUCUCCUGGGAGCGAACCCCCCUGGUGCAAAUAUUUAGCAUAAGUUGCAAUUUUCCUCCAUUCCCUCUUUAUGCACUUUACAAAAAAUAGCAAGAAAAUAAAGAUAAUUUCGGGGGUCGAGAAC